GUGACGCAAUCUCACACCCAGGGGCGUAAUGGCCUCGGGGUUUUCCCGGGGGACUUCCGGUGUUGAACUGUACCUCAUUGCUAGGAAACGGGCGCCAGAAGGUUCUCAGACAAGGUCCCGCUUUCCUAGAGUGGUAACGUCGUGCGCCGGUUGGGAAAGGGCGGUGGAAGGAGCGGAGCCUCUGUGAACCAUGCUCGAGAACUGUGGGUCCGUCUGUAAAGAGGGCCGUCUUAACGGUACCGAGGUUAGAAUCUGCGCUGGGAAGGACGUUUGCUGCAGGCCGAAAACUACACUUCCCAGAAUCCUCGUGGUGCCAGAACUACGUUGCCCGAAAGCCUGAGCGUGAUUCAGCCAGCCUCUCACCUCCACCCGCCAGCCUCAAAACAGGAAAUGUGGAGUCGCAGUGUUUGGCGGCUCCUGUGCUCAGACGGCCGUGCCGGCCGCCGGGUUUCCAUCCUCGGCGGGCGUUUCUCGCCGGCCCUGCGGAGAGACUUUUUCACCACCACAACCAAGGAAGGAUAUGAUAUGAGGCGAGUGGACCUAACUCCUUUAGAACAAAGGAAAUUAACGUUUGAUACCCAUGCACUGGUUCAGGAUUUGGAAACUCAUGGAUUUGACAAAGCACAAGCAGAAACAAUUGUAUCAGCAUUAACCACUUUAUCAAAUGUCAGCCUGGAUAGUAUCUAUAAGGAGAUGGUCACUCGAGCUCAACAGGAAAUAACAGUACAACAACUAAUGGCUCAUUUGGACUCCAUCAGGAAAGACAUGGUCAUCCUAGAGAAAAGUGAAUUUGCAAAUCUGAGAGCAGAGAACCAGAAAAUGAAAACUGAAUUGGAACAAGUUAAGCAGCAACUGAUAAAUGAAACCAGUCAGAUCAGAGCAGACAAUAAACUGGACAUCAACCUAGAAAGGAGCAGAGUAACUGAUAUGUUUACAGAUCAAGAAAAGAAGCUUAUGGAAGCAACCACAGAAUUUACCAAAAAUGAUACCAAAACCAGAAGUAUUAUUUCAGAAACCUGUAAUAAAAUUGACACUGAAAUUGCUUCUUUAAAAACACUGAUGGAGUCUAACAAGCUUGAGACUAUCCGUUACCUUGCAGCCUCAGUGUUUACAUGCCUGGCAAUAGCAUUGGGAUUUUACAGAAUCUGGAAAUAGCAGAGAAACUACUAUAUUCUUCUGCUGGCCACUGCUAUUGACUUCUUAGAACACUACACCAGGAGAGAUUACUUGGAGUGAAAUUUGCAGCAGGUACUUAGUAAAACAAGAUUAUUCAAAGCACAUAUGGACUAAAAAGAAAUGUUUUAGAAUGGGAAGAUGUAUUUUGUGUUUGUAUUUUAUAUGUGUCUUUAUCAUGUUGAAAAGCUGUUCAAAGUCCUAUUGAGAUAAAAGGCCUUCUGUCUUUAUCCUUUUAAUAGUUCAUAGAAGCUGAGCCUGAGCUUUCUUGUGUUUGCUUGAACUGUAUAUCAUAUAGGAUUUCUUUGAUGUCUGUUGCAAAUUUAAAAACUAUUCCUAAGCCUACAUACUUGUUACUUUACUCAACUUUCCUGGUAACUACUGCACCAUUACCUUUUCAUGUAAAAUAAAAUGUUGUCCUGGAUGGAA